AUGGCAAUUCAAUCCGGCGGCUUCGAAGAAGACGAAUGUUCGCCUCCUAUCUUCCCUGACGACGAUGACGCUCCGCAAAGAGGCACUGGCUUGCUCUCUGGGACCUAUUCCCCCGUUGAUAUCGACGGUCAGGCGAAAGCACUCCGCAAUAAGUCGGCAAUUACCAAAGGCGUUCUUAAGGGCGGAGCUACACUAGAUGAGCCAGUAACUCUGGGCCGGAAGGGGGAGGGUAAAGAUCGUAACGGCUCUAUUCGUAAGGCUAUCCAAAAAUCUGAUACAGUGGCCUUUCGCUCCUCUAGCGCUCGUGGAACCCUAGGAAACUCUAAAAUUGCUAUAACCCCAUCUAACAUCCUAUGGCAUUCUAUGACGGAUGAUUCUUUAGCGAUCUGCAGCACUAUUCCCGAUGCGGACUUCCUCCUACGUAAGCUCUUUCCCGGUGAUCCCGGAAGGGCUGCGGAGGUAGACGCCCUGGUUCUAUCGCCGCAAAACGACCCCAUUCCAGCGGUCACCUACUCUAAGCUCAGAGAGGUGGCCAAGGGAUUGCGGAGAGAUGCGGCUCUAGGUGAGGAUGAUGUCACCAACGGCAUCAUUCUUGACACUCUUGAGGUGCUGAAGGACAACUGGUGUACCCAGUUCACUGAAGCCCUCGAGACUGGUGUGUAUCCUGACGGAUGGAAAUCAUCCAAAGGGAUUUUUAUUCAUAAGGCCGGCAGGGACCCCACCAAACCUAACGGGUAG